GGCGUGGUAUCCAGAAUGGAGGCGUGGUCUCCUGGACGUGGGCGUGGCCUCGGGUCGUUUAGCCGGCGCGGACGGGGGCCGCGCGACGUCAAAGCAGCGGCGGCGGAAGCGGAGGUGACGUUGGGCGUGCCGGAUGCUGGCCGUGUCGCCAUCAUGGUGGGCGGCGGGGCCUCCCGCGUCCCGCAGCGGUGGACCGACUACAUCCCGCUGGGCAGGAGGAUCCCGGGCACCCGCUUCAUCGCCUUCAAGGUCCCGCUAAAGAGGAGCUUUGACCGGAACCUUCAUCCAGAGGAGAGGUUUUCACCUCGUGACCUCAUUAAGAAAAUCAAAGAGCAGAAAGAAGAACUAGGCCUGAUCAUUGACCUGACGUACACAACUCGCUACUAUGGGCCGGAGGAGCUGCCAGCAACACUCUGCUACUCCAAGAUCUUGACGAUGGGACAUGAAAUACCAAACAAACACACCAUUUUUCAAUUCAAAUGUGUCGUAGACAAGUUUUUGAGAGACAACCAAGACAACGAUAAACUCAUCGGAGUUCAUUGCACACAUGGAUUAAACAGAACUGGCUACCUGGUCUGUAGGUACCUGAUUGAUGUUGAAGGCAUGGAGGCUGAUACUGCCAUAGAGUUGUUCAACAGGUCUCGGGGGCAUCCUAUAGAGAGAACCAACUAUAUCCAGGAUCUUCGGAAAAGAUCAGAAAGAAAGAACUGUGGACUAAAGAAUUUGAGCUCAAGCCCCUUUGAAGAAACAGCCGCCGCUACAGCAGACACUAGAACGCAGAUGGCCAGACAUCAUCCGCAUCGUUUGGAUCGAUCCCCCUUAGCAGUGCCCAGAAGCUCCAGCAGCACCAAGGACCAACACAGACGAGGCGUCAAAGCUCAGGCGCAACACCGGGAGCUGGUGAUGGAGCACAGGGUGAUGGAGCCAAGGCAGCGACCGUGCGGUUUGGUGAUGAGGAACUGUCAGGUGUCGUUACCCGCUAACGAGUGGCGUGAUGAACUGUGCUUCCCCCAUCUCCACCCACCCCCGGAAACGCAAACAGCCAGGAAACGCCGGCGCCGGUACAGGAGACCUGUGGUAACGGCAUAGGGGACAUUGUAGGUGACAAAAGCCGGUCCUGGGCUGCGUCUUCUCACCGAGAAGCAACACGAUGGGUCUGAACACUCAAAUGGGCCUUGCUGUCACCACCAGCGAUCAGGAACUGCAAAUGCAGGGUUCUUCAUCCUAACACAGCUCUAUUUUCUUUAAUUGUUUCAUAUUUUUUCCGUUUUCUGUCUCUUUUACAAAUCUCACUGAAAUUUUUUAACCCAGUGUCACAGUGGAGUCGCAGCUCUGCUCUUUGGGGGAUGCGGAGAAUGAACAUGGACCCAAACAGUGCUGGAAUAAUUCUAAAAAUAAUCCUCAGGAGCUGCUUUUCCCUUUGACAAAAAGGGCUUGUGCUUCCUUUCCAAAAUAUAUAAUAAGAAAUAGGAUUUGGCCUGAAA